AUGGCGGACCAGCUCACCGACGACCAGAUCGCCGAGUUCAAGGAGGCCUUCAGCCUCUUCGACAAGGACGGGGAUGGUUGCAUCACGACCAAGGAGCUGGGAACUGUCAUGCGUUCACUGGGGCAAAACCCUACAGAGGCUGAGCUCCAGGACAUGAUCAAUGAGGUCGAUGCUGAUGGCAAUGGCACCAUUGAUUUUCCAGAGUUUCUCAACCUUAUGGCUCGCAAGAUGAAGGACACGGACUCUGAGGAAGAGCUCAAGGAGGCCUUCCGUGUGUUUGACAAGGACCAAAACGGCUUCAUCUCCGCUGCCGAGCUCCGCCAUGUCAUGACAAAUCUUGGUGAGAAGCUAACUGAUGAGGAGGUGGAUGAGAUGAUCCGUGAGGCUGAUGUGGAUGGUGAUGGUCAGAUCAACUAUGAGGAGUUUGUCAAGGUCAUGAUGGCCAAGGUUGAGCUCAUGGAGCAGGACAAGAGAGCCAAGGUGCUGUGCCUGCAUGGCUUCCGCACAAGCGGCAGUUUUUUGAAGAAGCAGAUCAGCAAAUGGCACCCUUCCAUAUUUCAGCAGUUUGAGAUGGUCUUCCCUGAUGGCAUGUUCUCAGCUGGUGGAAAGUCAGAGAUAGAGGGCAUAUUUCCGCCGCCGUACUUUGAGUGGUUCCAGUUCAAUAAGGAAUUCACUGAAUACACAAAUCUGGAUGAGUGCAUUUCAUAUCUAUGUGAUUACGUGGUGAAAAAUGGACCUUUUGAUGGCCUGCUCGGAUUCUCCCAGGGCGCAACACUUUCGGCCCUUUUGAUAGGCUACCAAGCACAGGGCAAGGUGCUGAGUGAUCAUCCACCAAUUAAGUUCAUGGUCUCAAUAUCUGGGAGCAAGUUCAGGGACCCAAUCAUCUGCGAUGUUGCCUACAAAGACCCGAUCAAGGUGAAAUCAGUGCACUUUAUUGGAGAAAAGGACUGGCUCAAGCUACCUUCCGAGGAGCUGGCUUCUGCCUUUGAUGAGCCUCUCAUCAUAAGGCAUCCUCAGGGCCACACUGUCCCUAGGCUUGAUGAUGUGUCUGUGAAACAGCUUUCUGAAUGGAGCUCAUGCAUCCUGGAAGACCUCAAGAGUGCAAAUGUUCCCGAGGCCUUAGAUUCAGGCAAACCAUUUGAUAAGGAGGCUACUGGUGCGGAAUUUGCAGAAAACCUGGUGAAAGCUUGA